UGGCAGCCUGGGUAUAGGGCUAGAAGGGCCGGCCAGAUUGGUGGAGGGAGGGUCCUGGGGGCCCCCUUACUAGAUGGGAAUAGACUGAAGGCCUAUGAGCCAGGAAGCAGGAGGUUGGCCAGAGUGAGAGGGCCAACCUGACUGGCCAGGGGCUGUGUCCCAAGCUCUACAGGCAAAGGUCAGGUGCAUCUGCUGCCAGGCUGUUCAGGGAAGAAGGCUGUUGACUCCAGUCCGCUCACACUUUUGUUUUCUGGCCUUUUGGCCCUGCCUACAUCUGCUGAAGCUCCGCCCCUGCCCCACCUACCCCUAGAGCGAGCAGAGGGAUGGCAUCAGGCAGGGCACGCUGCACCCGAAAGCUCCGGAACUGGGUGGUGGAGCAGGUGGAGAGUGGACAGUUCCCAGGGGUGUGCUGGGAAGAUGCAGCUAAGACCAUGUUCCGGAUUCCCUGGAAGCAUGCAGGCAAGCAGGACUUCCGGGAGGACCAGGAUGCUGCCUUUUUCAAGGCCUGGGCAAUAUUUAAGGGAAAGUAUAAGGAGGGGGACACAGAAGGCCCUGCCAUCUGGAAGACUCGUCUGCGCUGUGCUCUCAACAAGAGUACUGAGUUUGAGGAGGUUCCUGAGAACAGCCAUAGGGACGGGGCUGAGCCCUACAAGGUGUAUCGACUGCUGCCACCAGGAACCCUCCCUGCUUCACCAGCAACCCAGAAAUCACCAUCAAAGAGACACCACAGCUCUGUGAACCCCGAGAGGGAGGAGAACGAAGAUACUGUGAAGAACUGUAUACUCAGUUCCUCCUUGCUCCAGGACCCCCUCAGAAACGAGGAGGUGGAGGCCAAUGGGGGAGCUGGCCAUUCAGACUUUGGGAGCAGCAGUAGCAACAGUCCUGAGCCUCAGGAAGGUGCAGACACAAAUGAGGCCGCUUUCCAAGGAGAGCAGGUGUCUCUGGAGCUUCUGCCUCCUCCAGACUCAGACUACUCACUGCUGCUCACCUUCAUCUACAAUGGGCAGGUGGUGGGCGAGGCCCAGGUGCAGAGCCUGGACUGCCGCCUGGUGGCCGAGCCCUCAGACUCUCAGUGCAGCAUGGAACAGGUGGUGUUUCCCAAGCCUGGCCCACAAGAGCCCACCCAUCGCCUACUGAGCCAGCUUGAGAAAGGUGUCCUGGUGGCCAGCAACUCCCGAGGCCUCUUCGUGGAGCGCCUUUGCCCCAUUCCCAUCUCCUGGAGCGCGCCCCAGUCCCCACCUGGUCCAGGCCCACAUAUGCUGCCUCCCAACAAGUGUGUGGAGCUCUUCAAAACCACCCACUUUUGCAGAGACUUGCAGAGGUACUUCCAGGGCCUGGGCCCCCAACCCAAGUUCCAGGUGACACUGAAUUUCUUAGAGGAGGACCCUAGCCCCAACCACACCCCACAGAGUCUUAUCUCAGUGCAGAUGGAGCAGGCCUUUGCCCGGCAAUUACUGCAGGAGACUCCAGAGGACCAGGCAGCCACUCUGUCCCUGGUGCAGAGCCUGGGGGACCUACCUUCCUCCUCUCCACUCUGUUCUUCCUAUUUCCUUUGAAGGAGACUCAUUCUCCACAUUACUGACCUGCCUCCCUCAGUGAUAAUUCUUAGUGGUUGUCUGUGAUGGUUAUGUCCUUGAACUCCUCAUGCUAUCUGGCUGGUUUUUAUCUUUUUUAAAAAAAUUUGUUUGUUUUUGUUUUGUUUUGUUUUCAGAUAUACCCUCUUUUAUCUCUGAGGAACUGAACUGGGAAAUGGUGUGAACUCAGGGGGACAGACAUUUCCUUUUCCCCCAACCCUAAAGCCACGCACUUUAUAUUUCUUUUUAAAUCUUCACUAAGGAUUUAAAAUAAAACUGUAUUGAAAAAGGAA